AUGUCGGUGGAUUAUAAUAGUAGGAGGCGUUCUAAUUCACUUGUUCCAAGAAUUGUUGAAAAUUUGCCGAAUGAUCCCAUCACUGGACAGUCAAUUUUAUUUAAAACAGUAUUCAAAGGAAGGGGUCGUACUAAAAUCGUUGAUCCUUCUGGUUUCUCCGAUGGAAAAGCUAAUCAAUUACUACCAAAACAUUUACGGAAAAAGCGCAAUCAUGGUUAUUUGUAUUGUUUAACUGAUCGGAUAAGAUUUGAAAGGAAAAGUCGAUCAAAAUUAUUCCGCGAUCAAGUAUUUUAUAAGGAUAUAAAAUUUAUUUACUUUUUUCAAAUUCACCAAAUGUUUUUAUGUUGGCGCUGA